AUGCAGAAGAGCGUGCGCUACAACGAGGGCCACGCCCUGCACCUGGCCUUCCUGGCGCGCAAGGAGGGCACCAAGCGCGGCUUCCUGAGCAAGAAGGCGGCCGAGGCGAGCCGCUGGCACGAGAAGUGGUUCGCGCUCUACCAGAAUGUGCUCUUCUACUUCGAGGGCGAGCAGAGCGGCCGCCCGGCCGGCAUGUACCUCCUGGAGGGCUGCAGCUGCGAGCGCUCGCCCGCGCCGCCCCGCGCCGGCCCCGGAGCCGGCGGAGCCCGCGACGCGCUGGACAAGCAGUAUUACUUCACUGUUCUUUUUGGUCAUGAAGGCCAGAAACCCCUGGAGUUACGCUGUGAGGAGGAGCAGGAUGGCAAGGAGUGGAUGGAGGCCAUUCACCAAGCCAGCUACGCAGACAUUCUGAUUGAGAGGGAGGUGUUAACGCAGAAGUACAUCCAUUUAGUUCAGAUCGUUGAGACAGAAAAAGUUGCAGCGAACCAACUCCGACAUCAACUCGAAGAUCAAGAUACCGAAAUCGAAAGACUUAAGUCAGAGAUUGUCGCUCUUAAUAGAACCAAGGAACGAAUGCGCCCUUACCAAAGCAACCAAGAAGAUGAGGAUCCAGACAUCAAGAAGAUCAAAAAGGUGCAGAGCUUCAUGCGAGGCUGGCUGUGCAGAAGGAAAUGGAAGACCAUCGUCCAGGACUACAUUUGCUCUCCUCACGCCGAAAGCAUGAGGAAGAGAAACCAGAUUGUGUUCACCAUGGUGGAGGCCGAGUCGGAGUAUGUGCACCAGCUCUACAUCCUGGUCAACGGCUUCCUCCGGCCCCUGCGGAUGGCGGCCAGCUCCAAGAAGCCCCCCAUCAGCCACGACGAUGUCAGCAGCAUUUUCCUCAACAGUGAAACAAUCAUGUUUCUUCAUGAAAUAUUUCACCAAGGACUAAAGGCGAGGAUAGCUAACUGGCCUACUCUAAUUUUAGCUGACCUAUUUGAUAUUCUGCUGCCCAUGCUGAACAUUUACCAAGAAUUUGUGCGCAAUCACCAGUAUAGCCUCCAAGUACUUGCCAACUGUAAGCAAAACAGAGACUUUGACAAACUCCUGAAACAAUACGAAGCCAACCCUGCCUGUGAGGGAAGGAUGCUGGAAACGUUCUUGACCUACCCCAUGUUUCAGAUUCCCAGGUACAUCAUCACCCUGCAUGAACUCCUGGCGCACACACCUCAUGAGCACGUGGAGAGGAAAAGUCUGGAGUUUGCCAAAUCAAAACUGGAGGAAUUGUCCAGGGUGAUGCACGAUGAAGUGAGUGACACUGAAAACAUAAGGAAAAACCUGGCCAUUGAAAGAAUGAUAGUGGAGGGCUGCGACAUUUUGCUGGAUACCAGUCAAACUUUUAUCCGCCAAGGUUCUCUUAUUCAAGUACCUUCUGUUGAGAGAGGGAAGCUUAGUAAAGUUCGCCUGGGUUCACUGUCUUUGAAAAAGGAAGGAGAGAGACAGUGCUUCUUGUUUACCAAACACUUUUUGAUUUGUACGAGGAGCUCAGGAGGAAAGCUGCAUUUGCUGAAGACAGGAGGAGUUCUGUCCCUCAUAGAGUGCACGUUGAUUGAGGAGCCUGACGCCAGCGAUGACGACCCCAAAGGUUCUGGGCACAUGUUUGGACACCUGGAUUUUAAAAUAGUGGUGGAGCCUCCUGAUGCCGCCUCUUUCACUGUGGUCUUGUUAGCCCCCUCACGCCAGGAGAAAGCGGCCUGGAUGAGUGACAUCAGUCAGUGUGUGGACAAUAUACGAUGUAAUGGUUUAAUGACUAUAGUUUUCCAGGAGAAUUCCAAAGUUACUGUGCCACAUAUGAUUAAGUCUGAUGCCCGUCUUCAUAAAGACGACACCGACAUUUGCUUCAGUAAAACACUGAACUCCUGCAAAGUGCCCCAGAUCCGUUACGCGAGUGUGGAGCGCCUCCUGGAGAGGCUGACGGACCUGCGGUUCCUGAGCAUCGAUUUCCUCAACACUUUCCUGCACACCUACCGCGUUUUCACCACCGCGGCUGUGGUGCUGGCGAAGCUGGCGGACAUUUACAAGCGGCCAUUCACCUCCAUCCCGGUCAGGUCUUUAGAGCUGUUUUUUGCCACCAGCCAGAACAACAGAGGUGAACAUUGGGUGGAUGGAAAAUCCCCACGUCUCUGCCGCAAAUUCUCUUCCCCACCGCCACUAGCCGUGUCCAGAGCGUCCUCUCCAGUGAGGGCCAGGAAGCUGUCCUUGACUUCUCCCUUGAACUCAAGAAUUGGAGCACUGGAUCUGACCGCAUCCUCAUCUUCCAGCAGCCCCACCAUGACCCAAAGUCCUGCUGCAUCCCCCCCGCCACAUGCUGCAGCCCCGGAGCCGGCCGCUGGCCCUGCAGACCGCGCAGCGGCGGACAGCUCCCCUGCAGCAGAGGCCUCAGAGCUGUCGCCCUGCAGGUCCCCCUCAACUCCCCGGCACCUCCGCUAUCGCCCGCCUGCAGGUCAGGUCGCUGACAAUGCCCACUGCUCAGUGUCACCAGCUUCUGCUUUUGCAAUUGCCACAGCUGCCGCAGGACACGGGAGCCCUCCAGGAUUUAAUAACACGGAGAGAACUUGUGACAAAGAGUUUAUCAUACGGAGAACAGCCACCAAUCGGGUCCUGAAUGUCCUCCGUCACUGGGUCUCCAAGCACGCCCAGGAUUUUGAGCUCAACAAUGAACUCAGGAUGAAUGUCCUCAACUUGCUAGAAGAAGUUUUGCGUGACCCAGACCUUCUCCCCCAAGAAAGGAAGGCCACGGCGAACAUCCUGAGGGCCCUUUCACAAGAUGAUCAAGAUGACAUCCAUCUAAAAUUAGAGGAUAUAAUUCAAAUGACUGACUGUCCGAAGGCUGAGUGCUUUGAGACGUUGUCAGCCAUGGAGCUGGCUGAGCAGAUCACGCUCCUGGACCACAUCGUUUUCAGAAACAUUCCCUAUGAGGAGUUCCUUGGGCAAGGGUGGAUGAAGCCGGAUAAAAAUGAAAGAACACCUUACAUCAUGAAAACCAGCCAGCACUUUAACGAUAUGAGUAACCUGGUGGCCUCUCAGAUAAUGAACUACGCUGACGUCAGCUCCCGUGCCAAUGCCAUCGAGAAGUGGGUAGCAGUGGCGGACAUUUGCCGAUGCCUGCACAACUACAAUGGCGUGCUGGAGAUCACGUCAGCCUUAAACAGAAGUGCCGUCUACAGGCUGAAGAAGACCUGGGCCAAGGUGAGCAAACAGACAAAAGCUCUAAUGGACAAGCUUCAGAAGACUGUUUCAUCUGAAGGAAGAUUUAAAAACCUCAGAGAAACUCUUAAAAACUGUAACCCCCCAGCUGUUCCCUACCUUGGGAUGUACUUGACAGACCUGGCAUUCAUCGAGGAAGGAACACCAAACUUCACUGAAGAAGGCCUUGUCAACUUCUCCAAAAUGCGAAUGAUAUCGCACAUUAUCCGAGAGAUUCGCCAGUUCCAGCAGACUUCCUAUCGAAUAGACCAUCAGCCAAAGGUCACACAGUAUCUGCUUGACAAAGCCCUCAUCAUAGAUGAAGAUACGCUCUAUGAGCUGUCACUCAAAAUUGAGCCCCGGCUACCUGCUUGAAGAGCUGGCCUUGUUCAAGGUCAUGGUGCUUCCAUGGGAAGUGGGACUGACAGAACUGUGGACGGAUGGCACAACGGGGACCGGGAGAAGAUCACAGCAGCCUCCUUUCUCCACCAAAGACGGAACUGGACUGCAAUUCUGUCUCCAGCCAGAGUGGAACCCAGAGGCAUGGGUCAAAGUCAGAUGCUUCAGUCUGGGUGGGAAGGUGAAACACUGGUCUUAGUCAAGCUGAUAGCAUAGCUGCAGCAGAGGACGUAGCGUAGGAGAUGCAAGGAAGCACUUUCAUGAAGCAGGAGCAACAGUGAACAUCUGCCCCGUGUUCCGUUACAACCUGGGGACCAGGACCCAUGGCAAAUACCUGUGAUGUUUCUCCGGCACUUCACUGGCCUGGGCACACCUACUACUCUAGCAUUUCACUGCUUCCAUCACAUGCCCUUUCAUUACAAGCUUCGCAGACAAGCGGAAGCCUGCCGCCCAGGGCCAGCACAGAAGCCUCAGCCUGCAGCAUGUGCAUGGUUCUCAGGGCACCCCGAGGCCCCAUGCGAGGGGCGGCAUGCUCCGGAACGGCCCUUUCAGCCUGUAGGUGCCAGGGCAACAGUCAGCGCUGAGUAAUGCUUGCUGGUCGCAGUUCCUUAGUGACAAGCAGGAGGCUUGAGGGGGCUUCGUUCCGAGUCUGGGGGCCCCGAGAAGCCCCCUCUUAGAAGAGGCAGCUGUGCGGAGGGAGGGGAGGCCUCCAAGAGGCCAGGCAAUGAGCCGCACUGCGGGCCGAAGCAUGGGCCUGGAAACCGCCCCUGCGCCUGCAGGGGUCUGCUUUCUUCCCCUGUCGCACCGUAGAAAUCUUUUCUGACCUAAAAAAAGCUGUCCUGUGGAAUUUUUCUUUCGAAAGCCCCACACCUUCAUGGGAGACGGUCCUUCCCCAGCCCGGACAUCUUUGCUUAAAAAUGAUUUUGAGCGUGUUCUGAGUGAGAAUUCUGCAUUUGCAUGAGAAAUGGGCCAAACACCCCGUAACUCUUAUAGAAGAAAAUCCAAUGCAGGGGUUUGUCCUCUUCCCCAAGGCUGGGGAAAUGACCUCAUUUUCCCCAAGAUUGUCGGUUGUUAAAUAGGGUCAUCCCUUGGUCACCUCCCUCUGCUCUUCUCAGGGAGACUGCUGCUUUGUAACAAGGAAGACGUGGCAAUACAGGCUUAGUAUUGCCUGAGCAGACUGGACUUGGCAUUUUCUCUAAGAGGAACGAGGCUUGUGGACUGACAAUGGAGGGUGGUCUACUUGGGUGUUCCCCUCUUCCUUUGCACUUUAAUUAUGUGGUAGAGCUAACAGCUGGCUAAUAAAAUUCCACUUACUGGCUCUUAAGACCCAGUGGAAGAUCUAGCUCUGAUAAGGUGCCAUGGAAUUGGAGAAAGGCACAGUCACUGCAUAAUAGGGGCCAUCUCUGCACAUACCUACAUAGUGGAAAGUACAGGAGAAUAUUUAUAAUAUAUGAAUACCAUUCCAAACAUAUUUUCAAUCAUUCAUGUUAGCCGACAGCGUAGCAUUAAGUCCAAAGGGAUGACUCAUGGAUGUUCUCUCUCUUCGCUUUUGCUUCUUUUUUUAAAGUUGUUUGUUUGUUCUCUUUAAUUUCAAAUAAGAGGUUGACACAUCUCGACGCAUGAUGAAAAGCAUGGGAUGUCGGAUUCUACCAGUAUCUACCUUGUGAUGUGCCUCUCGGUGUUCACAAACUGGAGGUUUGAAAUGAUCUGUGUCACUUGCACCAACCGCCUCAAGGUCUUGGGUAGAAAAGGAAAGGCUAGCUUUCUCAGCGGACCACACAGCCACUAGCUGCAGGCAAAGCAUCUCUGUAUGCACUGUCCUUGCAAAUCCAGAUGCUUAGUUCUCUGACCCAGAUGUUUCAGAGGACAGGAUAGCCGUUCUCAGUGGAGAAAAAUAGGACGUGCAUGCAUUGGAGAACUUCUGCCUUGCAGUUCCUAGUCCCCAGAGGGAAAGCACAUCUCUGUAUGCACUGUCCUUGCAAAUCCAGAUGCUUAGUUCUCUGACCCAGAUGUUUCAGAGGAUAGGGUAGCCGUUCUCAGUGGAGAGAAAUAGGAGGUAGAAAGAUGCCACACUCCUCCCUCUGGUGGGAUUUCAGUUUUUCCUCAGUGACAAAGCUUUUGAGCCUCUCCCUGUAGAAUGUCGGAAGCGCCCCCCAGUGUUCAUCGGUGGGCACUGCUACUGCUCUGUUGACUAUUGUUAAACCUUCAGCUGAAAACUUCAUUCUGAAAGAAUUCCUUUUGACGACCUGCAUUAUUUGUGGGUCAGCUAAGAGAAAGAGAGAGAGAUGCACAUUUGAAAUUUAAAAAAGCCUCAGUCUGGUUUCAUUUAAAAUCCACCAGAGCAGUUUGUGUUUUCUCUUCUGAUUGUUAAGAUAAGAUUGAAGCUUUCUAAGCACCAUGGCACACAUUGCAUGCCCUCUCGUCUGUGUCUGCCUAUAUCUCACUCUGUGAGACCCAUUUCUAAGAGUAGUUUGGUGGUCACUUCUAAUAGCCAACUAGUGAGCAGACAUACUUCAAAAUUAGUCCAGGAAAUCAGCAGGGAAAAAAUCCAAUUUCAUGCUUUCAGAUGAAUACUCACAGUUUGUCCUGUCAGUGGACUUAGCUCAAGGAUUUUAGGAAAUGUCCUUGGUUAUUAACUAUGACAUUCAGUUUUGCUAUAGGAACAGAUCUCCUACCUAAGCCCAUACCUGGUCUGACAGAUUCAGGCAAGCAUGGAACGCUGUCCCUUAUUUCUUAGUUUUUCUCUGGAAAAAUUUAAAGAGGAGCCGGGCAUGGUGGCACACGCCUUUAAUCCCAGCACUUGGGAGGCAGAGAUAGGAGGAUCACCGUGAGUUUGAGGCCACCCUGAGAUUCCAUAGUGAAUUCCAGGUCAGCCUGGGCUAGAGCACGACCCUGCCUCAAAACAACAACAACAACAAAAAAUUAAAGAGGAAAUUUUAAACGACUGUUGCAACAUUUUGAAGCAACUCUGACACAGCCUCCUUUGCUGUCUGAUUAACUUCAGUGCAUCUCAAAGGGCUGCGCAUAAGCACACGAAGCAUGUCUACCAGACCCUUGGGAGAGAAAGGUGUCCCGUGUGCCCAUGUAGAGUGGUGAAGAGCCUCUUCUCAGGUUCGGUGAGUCAAGGCUCGGAGCAGUGGCUGCACAUUGUAAGCAAAGCGCAGCACAGUAAAGCAGUUAUUCCCAACAGAGCCAACUUUCAAACAAAGAAAAGAUCUUGCCUAUUCUUUUCAAAAUUUAAUUUUAUUCUCCCUGAAAAAGAAUCUUUCCCUUCAUAUUAAAGUAUAUGUAUUUUUUUUAAAUCCAACUUUCAAAGUUUAACAUUUUUACUGCUGUUGAAGUAGCAUAAGGGAUAAUAUAUGAUUCACAGCCAGGCUAAUAUCCACAUCAGAGGGAAUUAAUGAAUGGAAUUAAUUUCAUUUCUGUAAGAAAUAAGUUUGAUGACUUUAUCACAGUUACUACUAUAUGAUUACUGGUAAUAAGACAAGCCAAUGAAAUCUGAGUGUCGUUUCUUGGUGGCCACUGGUGACUUAAAUCAAGGCAGGACAGAAUAUAAGUUGAAAAUAAACUUUUGUUGUCAGUACAAACACAUGAAUGAUUCAGAAAAUUAUUCAUCUUGGUGCCACAUGACACACCAUUCAUAUUAGGGUCGAUUGUACUUAUUUGAUCUGGUCAAGGAAAAUGGUAGCUCUGUUGAACGACAUUAAACCACUGUCUUUUACACAACCCAUUUCAAUUGUCACCACAAAAGCUGACUAUAAAAGUACACAGGACCAGGCAUGAGUUCUCACCCAGAUCUGCACUGUUCAUCUGGAAAAACCCAGGCCAGUGUUUACACCUCUCUGAGCCUCAGUUUCCUCAAGUGCAAAAUGGGAUUAGUAGUAAUUCCUGUGCUGUCUACCUCACAGGGAUGUUGUGAGGACCAAAUGCAUUAGAAUGUAAGCUAUGAAGAAAUGUCCAAAUGUGAGGUAACUGUUUAUCACACUCCGCUCUUUUGCAGAGGAAUGAACUGUAUUUCUUUAUUAUUUAUGUGUGUGUGUGUGUGUGUGUGUGUGUGCAAACGUACGUGCCGAGUUUGAGUAGUGUAUCAGUUUUGUCCAGUCAACUUUCCAGACCUGCUGAUGUUUGUGAUGCUGAUGGAGGGGUUUGCUCUGUGCCCAACACUUGCCGAGUGAGGUAUAGGUGACGCCUACAUGCAAAUUAAAGUUCGCCUUUCUUGAUUA